AUGUUUCGCAAUUUGAAGAAAACACUCCGAAAGCACGCCUCAGGAAAAAAACAGUCCGAAGAUGGUGAGCCGCUCCUUGCAGAGUCUGAACAGCAUAGACCUUCACACCAAGGUACACAUCAAUCUAAUGUGAAUGCUUCACCACUCCCCUUUCUCUCUUUCGGUAGACAUCGAAAGGAUAGAGAAACUCUCAGUGCUUCAUCAGUACAAGAAACCAGAGUCCCGCAGACGAAUCAAUAUGCCCCCCUGUCUUCUCAUCGUCCAUCUCGUCACAAUCGACGUUCUACUUCUCGUUCUAUUCGAAGUGAUGAGAAUAGCCGUCUAUCUACAUCUACACGGGCCGAAAGUGUUGUAUCAAGCUCUGGUAGUCAUUGUACUACAUCCAAUAUGAACCGUGCAAGUGGGAAUCCCAGAGUGGUAAUUCUACAAGGUAGAUCAUCUAGAGAUGAGCAUCGUCCCUCCUCUGCAUCAAGGGAUGAGCCCCCCAUUCUUCCAUUGCAAGAUCUAGCACUGUCGAAAGGUCGAUUAUCAAGUAAUUAA